CGCCCCGCCCGCCGCGCUCUGCAGUUCCGGCUCUGCGGAUUCCGUGCUCACGUUUCUUUCUCCCGAGGCUCCGGCUGCCUUUGGUUCUCCCGCUUCAGCAGCCCGCGAGGCAACUCUGAUCGCAGACAGCUCACAUAGAUUUUUCUGCUUUCCUUGGCGCGCGGUGGGCUCACCGGCCUUUAACGAAAGUGCGGCUGCGGACAGGCAGGCGGGCGCGGAGCUCGGGGGAGGCGCGCUCGGGCUCCCGGUGGCGGCGACGACUACGACGACCAGGAAAGCGGACGGAGGCGGCGCUUGAAAGAGCGGCGGAGCCCAUGCCCCGAGACGGCGGGCGGGCCCGGAGAGACAAGUCCGGGGCCCGGGGCAUGUCCCCGGGGCCCCCGUGAGGACGCGGCGGCGGCGAUGGAGAACCCGCCGCAGGAGGCGCCGCCCGGGCCCGGCGGGGACGGCGACGCCGCCGAAGAGGCGCCCGCCGAGGCCCAGUCUCCCAGCCCCGCAUCGUCCCCGACCGAUGGGCGCCUCAAGGCUGCGGCUAAGCGCGUCACGUUCCCCUCCGACGAGGAUAUUGUGUCCGGAGCGGUGGAGCCCAAAGACCCUUGGAGACACGCCCAGAACGUAACCGUGGACGAGGUCAUCAGCGCUUACAAGCAGGCCUGCCAGAAGCUGAACUGCAGACAGAUCCCCAAGCUCCUGCGGCAGCUCCAGGAGUUCACGGACCUCGGGCACCGCAUUGACUGUCUGGACCUGAAAGGUGAAAAGCUGGACUACAAGGCCUGCGAGGCCCUGGAAGAGGUCUUCAAGAGGCUGCAGUUCAAGGUCCUGGACCUGGAGCAGACCAACCUGGACGAAGAUGUGAGCAUCUGCCACCGCCCUUUCCUGCUUCCGAGCUCCCUGCUCCCAGAGGGCGCCUCCGCCCUCUUCGACAUGAUCGAGUACUACGAGUCAGCCACCCACCUCAACAUCUCCUUCAACAAGCACAUCGGCACCCGGGGCUGGCAGGCCGCUGCCCACAUGAUGCGCAAGACGAGCUGCCUGCAGUACCUGGAUGCCCGCAACACGCCCCUGCUGGACCACUCGGCGCCCUUCGUGGCCCGGGCCCUGCGGAUCCGCAGCAGCCUGGCCGUGCUGCACCUGGAGAACGCCAGCCUGUCGGGGCGGCCCCUCGUGCUGCUGGCCACAGCCCUGAAGAUGAACAUGAACCUCCGCGAGCUGUACCUGGCCGACAACAAGCUCAACGGCCUGCAGGACUCCGCCCAGCUGGGCAACCUGCUCAAGUUCAACUGCUCCCUGCAGAUCCUGGACCUCCGCAACAACCACGUGCUGGACUCAGGUCUGGCCUACAUCUGCGAGGGCCUCAAGGAGCAGAGGAAGGGACUGGUGACCCUGGUGCUGUGGAACAACCAGCUCACACACACGGGCAUGGCUUUCCUGGGCAUGACGCUGGCCUCCUCUCCGUCUGUCCGCACCCCGCAGCCGCACACACAGAGCCUGGAGACGCUGAACCUGGGCCACAACCCCAUCGGGAACGAGGGCGUGCGCAACCUCAAGAACGGCCUCAUCGGCAACCGCAGCGUGCUGCGCCUCGGCCUGGCCUCCACCAAGCUCACCUGCGAGGGCGCGGUGGCGGUGGCGGAGUUCAUCGCCGAGAGCCCCCGCCUCCUGAGACUGGACCUUCGGGAGAACGAGAUCAAGACGGGCGGGCUCAUGGCACUGUCCUUGGCCCUCAAGGUGAACCACUCCCUGCUGCGCCUGGACCUCGACCGAGAGCCCAAGAAGGAGGCGGUGAAGAGCUUCAUCGAGACGCAGAAGGCGCUGCUCGCCGAGAUCCAGAAUGGCUGCAAGCGCAACUUCGUGCAGGCGCGGGAGCGGGAGGAGAAGGAGCAGCGGCUGCAGCUGUCGGCCUCCAUGCCCGAGAUCACCGUCACCGAGCCCCAGCCUGACGAGGAGCCCGGGGACGCGGAGCCCGGCGACGAGCCUGACGCCCAGGCGCAGGAGAACGGGGACCCGGCCCCCGGGCCCGGCCUGGACUCGGACUCAGACUCAGACUCCGAGGGGGAGGAGGAGGAUGGGGAGAGGGCUGCAGCCCCUUGCCCCACCCCACUGCCCCCCACGGACUCCCUGGGCCCUGGGGACAGGAGCCCCCCAGGCAGCCCUUCCUCCCCCACCGAGCAGCGCAUCUCCAUCUCCGUGUCCAGCCCAGGCCGAGGCCACAAAGUGUUCGUGGUGACUCGCGUGGAGAGCCCCCCGGAGAGAGCAGAGCCCCCUGUGCCGCCCUCUCCUCGUCCCCCCUCCCCACCUGCCCUGCCUUCCCCGCCCCCCUCACCUGCCCUGCCACCAGCUGAGGCCGUCAGCACUCGGGACCCGGGGCCAUCGGAGCCGGAGCCUCACCCAGAGCCGCUGCAGGCAGGGCCACCCCUGCCCAACGGCCUGAAGCCCGAGUUUGCCCUCGCACUGCCCCCGGAGCCGCCCCCGGGGCCCGAGGCCAAGGCGGGCAGCUGCGGCCUGGAACACGAACUGAGCUGCUCCAAGAACGAGAAGGAGCUCGAGGAGCUGCUUCUGGAAGCCAGUCAGGAGUCGGGGCAGGAGACACUGUGACACUUUAGUUCCUUUUUCCAGCCGGUCUUCUGUGAGCUGAGGCCAGAGCCAUGAGAACCUGCUCCCCCUCACCCCAGCCUUCCUGAGGCCCGGACGCCAGGGGUGGGGGCGCCUUUCUGGGGACCCCUACCCCCCACAGAACACUACACGGGUGCAGGAGCUACGGGGUGGCCCUCUCCGUCCUGACUUGAGCACUCCUGUUGGCGCCCAGCCCUCAGCCUCUGGGCCAGAGGAGGGGUCUCCGAGGUCACCAGCCCCAAAGCCGCGGCUUUCCUGGAAGGGCCGGGGGGCCUGAGGCCUGGGCGGCGGUGGGAUGCCCCGCCCCCCCCGUGGCACCGGGCACGGGCGGGCGGGCGGGCGGGCGGGCGUGGUGCGACGGUGAGCGUGCUGGUGGUGGUGGACUUGGCAGAGCAGCCCCGGGCGGUGCGGCCGGGCGGGUGGGGACGGGCGCAGAGGAUCAGAGCUUUCUUCUGAAGUGCAAUAACCUAUCAGGGAGCUGCGGGCCAGGGCGCUGGAAGCGGCGCCCGAAGAGGCACUACAACCGGGAGCGGGCGGAAGGGCAGGGGGCGGGGCCCUCCUGUCGGUGCACCUCUGUCCACACCUUUUCUAAUAAACCAGAGCGGGGUCCACCU